AUCCGGGAGCAUCUACUUUUUUGUGAAUUCGGGCAACUGCAAAAUUGACGGAGAAGAAGGCGGCGAGAAAACCAACGGCGGGAGCCGCAGCAACCUCUGCAAAAGCUGACGAUUUGGUGAUUAUGUUGGCGUCCGGCAUCCAUGGCCGCCCUUAUCCAGCCCACCACCGCCGUCGCUCUUCCCUCUCCUUCUGUCCUCCCAAAGCUCUCCUCUUCGUCCCCACCUUCCUCGUCACUUUCUCUCUCUAAACCGAAGCUCCUCCAGUCCGCCGCCGUCGCCGCUGCCGCCUCUUCCGCCUCCGCCUCCGCCCAAUUUCUCUUACCUCAGCCUCCACCUCCACCGCCGCCGCCACUCCCACAACCCUUUCUCUUCGAAAGCCGGCGCCUUUUCCCGUCCGAGCCCUUCGAUGGCCCUCCUCCGCCGGACGCGACGGAUUCUCUCGCUGACAGCUGUUUCGACUUGCUUCGUCUCUCUGUAAGACACGGCGAUGUCGACCUCGCCAGAGCCGUGCACGCUCUCGUCCUCAAGCUCGAGGAACAUCCCAGUUUGUGCAAUGCUCUCAUCGUGGCGUACCUCAAACUUGGCCGCACUUCGGAUGCUUACGGCGUCUUCGGCGGGCUUUCGCAUCCCAAUGUGGUUUCUUAUACGGCCGUCGUCUCCGGUCUCGCGAAGGCGGACCGAGGGUUCGAAGCGGUGGAGGUUUUCUUCAGAUUGAUGAGUUCAGGUAUUCAGCCAAAUGAGUAUAGCUUCGUUGCUAUUCUGACCGUUUGUAUACGGCUCACUGAGUUGGAGCUAGGUUUGCAAGUCCAUGCUUUGGCGGCUAAAACGGGUUAUUUAGAAAGCGUUUUCGUUUCGAAUGCACUUAUGGGUAUGUACAAUAAAUGCGAGUGUCUGGAUUCUGUUCUUGAAUUGUUUGACGAAAUGCCUAAGAGAGACAUUGCUUCCUGGAAUACUGUAGUUUCGGGAUUGGUGAAGGCCCAAAUGUACGAGAGGGCAUUUGAAUCUAUUCGGCAAAUGGACCAAAUGGAUGGUUUUAGAGUUGAUUAUAUGACUCUUUCUGCGCUUUUGACCGCCUGUACUGAUUCUAGUAGUUUAAUUAGAGGAAAAGAAAUUCAUGCUCAUGCCAUCAGAAUUGGUAUGGCGACUGACUUGAGUGUGAACAAUGCACUCAUCAAGUUUUAUAUAAAAUGUGGAACCAUAGAUGAUGUGGAGACCUUGUUUGAGAAGAUGGCCACGAGGGAUGUUAUCACUUGGACAGAGAUGAUUAGAGCCUAUGGGGAGUUUGGGUCGAUUGAUAUGGCUAUGGAUAUGUUUCAUACAAUGCCAGAGAAGGAUUCUGUUUCUCGCAAUGCCCUUUUGGCAGGACUCUGUGAAAAUGGCAAAGCUUUUGAAGUGCUAGAUUUAUUUAUUAGUAUGGUGGAGGAGGGCUUGGAGUUGACUGACUACACCUUAACUACUGUUGCUAAGGCCUGUAGGUUGCUUGGGGCACGGAAACUUAGUGAGCAGUUGCAAGGGUUUAUUAUCAAGUUUGGUCUCCUGGCAAAUGCUUGUGUUGAAGCAGCUUUGCUCGAUAUGUGCACUCAUUGUGGGAGGAUGGUGGAUGCUGGAAAGAUGUUCAAACGGUGGCCCUUUGAGUGGGAUAGCUCUAUCAUAUGUACUUCGAUGAUAUGUGGGUAUGCACGUAGUGGGCUGCCGGAUGAGGCAAUGUCACUAUUUUGCCGUUUUCGAGCAGAAGGGAGCAUAAUUCUUGAUGAAGCUGCAUCAACUUCAAUACUCGGUGUUUGUGGAACUCUAGGGUCUGAUAGGAUGGGUGAGCAAAUUCACUGUCAUGUUCUUAAAUCUGGAUUAUCUUCAGAUUUAGAGGUAGCAAAUGCGUUGAUCAGUAUGUACUUCAAGUGUUGGAAUAUGGAUUCUGCUAAAAAAGUCUUUAACAUUAUGCCUGCACAUGAUGUAGUUUCAUGGAAUGGCUUGAUUGCGGGGUUCAUCAUACAUAGGCGGGGAGAUGAUGCCCUCACAGUCUGGUCAAACUUACACAAAGCAGGGAUAAAGCCUGACAAGAUCAGCAUCCUUUUAGUUAUAUCAGCUUACAAAUACACUAAAAUGUGUUUAGUCGAUGAAUGUUGUAGAUUCUUUUCAUCCAUGCGAACAGAAUUUGAUAUAGAACCUUCACAGGAGCAUUAUGCAUCAUUUGUUGGUGUUUUAGGAAUCUGGGGAUUUUUUGAGCUUGCAGAGAAAACAAUCAGCAAUAUGCCUUUUGAAGCAGAGGCUUCAGUCUGGCGAGCUUUGCUUGAUGGAUGUAGAAUCCAUUCCAAUGCAAUUCUCGGUAAAAGAGUUAUAAAGCAUUUACUUUCAAUGGAACCACAAGAUCCUUCCACCUAUGUGCUUGUUGCAAAUCUGUACUCUGCCUCUGGAAGAUGGCAUUGCUCUGACACAGUGAGGAAAGAAAUGAGAGUCAAAGGGUUUCAGAAACAGCCUUCACGGAGUUGGGUCAUCCAUCAAAACAAGACAAUAUCAUUUUAUACAAGAGAUAAGUCCCAUUCCCAAGCCAAGGACAUCUAUAGCGGGUUGGAAAUCCUAAUUUCAGAAUGCCAAAAAGCUGGGUAUGUGCCUGACACAAGCUUCGUUCUCCAUGAAGUUGGAGAACAUCAGAAAAAGGAUUUCUUGUUCUAUCACAGUGCAAAACUUGCUGCAGCAUUCGGGCUUUUGAUGAAUAGACCGGGAAAACCCAUCAAGAUUGUAAAGAACAUCAGCCUUUGUGAGGACUGUCAUCAGUUCUUGAAAUACACAUCAGCCAUCACAAAUAGACAAAUACUCUUGCGGGAUGCUUCGGGAUUUCACUACUUCUCAGGUGGGCACUGCUCGUGCGACGACCGAUGGUAAAGCUCGUGCAGGUUAUGCUCCCACGUCUUUUGCUCAAAGUGUGUGGUUGUCUUAAGUAUA